AUCGUUGUCUCACCAGCAACCACCAUCCAAUAGCUAGUUUAGCAUCAAGCUGUAUGAGAGGCUAACGUGCAGAGACACGCAAAUAUCUGCACACUGUCUUUGGUUAUGUGUUUCGCUUGAAUUUACCGAAGUUACCAGUCGUCUAAGAGACUAAACCGAAGAUCCGGUCGAAGAUGCAGUUCAUGCUGUUGUUCAGCCGGCAGGGAAAGCUGAGGUUACAGAAAUGGUACGUGCCUCUCUCUGACAAGGAGAGGAAGAAGAUAUCCAGAGACCUGGUCCAGACCAUCCUGGCCAGGAAGCCCAAGAUGUGCAGCUUCUUGGAGUGGAGGGACCUCAAGAUUGUGUACAAGAGAUACGCGAGCCUGUAUUUCUGCUGUGCAGUCGAGGAUCAGGAUAACGAGUUGAUCACCCUGGAGAUCAUCCACAGAUACGUGGAGCUGUUGGACAAGUACUUUGGCAGUGUGUGUGAGCUGGAUAUUAUCUUCAACUUUGAGAAGGCCUACUUUAUCCUGGAUGAGUUCCUGCUGGGUGGAGAGGCCCAGGAGACAUCCAAGAAGAAUGUGCUAAAGGCCAUCGAACAAGCUGACCUGCUGCAGGAGGAGGCCGAGGCACCACGGAGUGUCUUAGAAGAAAUUGGGCUGACAUAAAUCAUCACGCCGCUGCCUCGCAGUUCCUUUUUCCAGAUGCAGAUCUGGCAACCUCCAUGUGUCUCUCCUGUCUCCUCCUGUUCACUGUGUCAGUGUUAUAUGUAUAUAAUCACCAUCCAUGUACUGUAUUACUCUGUACUGUACUAUCCAGUAAUGUCCUUUCAAUGUGGUGCCAACUGUGGUUUUAAUGUGUCUCCUAUGUACAAUCUCCCUCACUGUAUUCUGCCGUACUAUUAGCAAACUUCACACCCUGAACUUCUUAAAACUCCACAGAGUACAAUGUAGCGACGACAUGAGAACUCUUGCAUCGUAUCAAGAUCAUUCAUCAUCACUUGAUUGCAGAGUUGUGUGUGCUGUUUGGCUUACAGAACUUCUUUAAGGUGCUGUUGAAGCCGCAGUUGUAGCUUCUCCUGUAUUAUCAUCACAUUUGAGUCACAAAGCUAAGCGUGCUAUCUCAUACUCGCAACCCACAGCAUUGUUAAACAAAACUUACAGCUGUUCUGAAAGUAUUACCAGACUCUUCUUCCCAUCUGGAUGAAAAAAAUAUUAUUUGCCGCCCAAUAAAAAAAACAGCUCAUCUCAUUUCUCAAACUGACUUCUUUCUGACAUUAACAAGUGUAGGGUUGCAACCAGUGAUUCUUCUCUUUGUCAAUUAAUCCAUUGAUUAUUUCCUCAGUUAACUGAUCAGUUGUUUUGUCUAUAAAUUGUCAGAAAAUUGUUAAAAAAAAAAAAGAAAGAAAUGUUAAGUGUUUCCCAAAGCCCAAAACGAUGUCCUCAAAUGUCUUGUUUUGUCUGUAACCCAAAGAAAUUCAGUUUACUGUCACAGAGUAAAGAAUUAAGAAAAUAUUUACAUUUAAGGAGCUUUAAUCAGACAAUUAUGACUUUUUUUCCUUAAAAAAUUACUCAAAAUGAUUAAUUUAUCAUCAAAAUGGUGCACGAUUAAUAGUUAACUGAUCGUUAAAUCACUGCAGUUCUGUGUAUGUCUUUGUACUUUAUGCAAAACAGCAAAUAUAUAUUUAAGUAAACAUAAAAUACGGGGAAGAAUUAUGAAUAUGUUACAGGGCACAGCACGGGAAAUGGGUUAAAAAUCUUGGUCAUGCAGCGGAUUGAUUUUCUUUAAUUCAGAUGUUUAAAAGAGUCUUUGAGGAUCUGCAGAACAGCAGUAAGUGUUCAUUGGGUAUUUUAAAGAUCUGUGACUCAAAGGUAACAGUAAUACAUGAGAAGUACCAGCGGCGGCUUGCGCUGUUGUGGGAAUCACUGACACUUACAAUCACUUACACACAGGUAAAUUCUACCCUCAAGUGAAAUUAAACAAUCACCCAUGAUCAGUAUUGGUAUUUAUGUUAAGUAGGUCUUUGUAUUUGGUGAUUCCCCCUUCAGAAACUGACCAUCUCAUCUUUACUUUUCAAGACUUAAUUGUUUACCUUUUGGUAAACGUGAGCUGUUUGUGUGUAAUUUAGCGUCACGUUUGUUAUGUCAUCUUUAUUUCUCUGACUUAUUUUCUUGAUGAAAACAUAACAUUGGAGCUGGUAAUGGCCUCUGGAGAUAAGUCUUAGGUCAGGAAAACAUAGUGACCCAAAUAAAAGAAAACAGUAUUUUAUGUAUUACGACACUUUGGCUGAAAGACUAACAAACGACCAAAGAACACUGUGUUUUACCUUCUCAAUGGUGUCUAUGAAAAGCUAACAAAAGGGAUUUAGAACUGCAGGAUGUUUGACAAAAGUAUUUGGG